AUGUCCGGAGGGUACGCCAUCGUCGACGUCGACGAGGACGACACAAACAAUGGUCUCCAGUUCAAGACCUUCCUGAACGACUCUGCCGACGAUGGCGCCGGCCCCUCCUCCGUGGCUGGACCAAGCUCAUCGAGCCGGCGCCGCGACGCACCUUCGUCCAUCUUCAACCUCGCCUACUACCAAGUGUACUUCGAUGUGGACACGACGACAGUUUUGAAGCGCGUUGGCAUGGCGAUGAUUCCGCGAGGUGGUUUCCUGACCGAUGCGUGCGAGGGACAGGUUGACCUCUACGGCGUACAUGGCGGGCGAGCCGUCUGUGACGAACAUCCCCCUGCUGUCGACAGCCACGACUCUCAUCCUGAUGUAUGGCAUGGCGUUACCCGCACUGCUGUGGGGUGCUACGCGAUGGCUCGGCGUUGCAGAGUGGGGACCAGCCGAGGCCCUCGCGAUCUACGGAUACGGCAUGGCAGUCUUCAUCCCGAUCAGCCUGCUGUGCUUGAUUCCGUUCUCGAUCGUGCGCUGGGUCCUGGUCGGCCUCGGUGCGCUCAGCUCUGGUUUCUUCCUGUAAGUCUCGACUUCCGAAUGAAGCUGACGAACAGCGUGACGAACAUCUACCCCGUGUUGGCGAGUGGGGAGAACAAAAUGGUGCGCGGACUCGUUGUCCUUGUUGCCGUGCUCCACCUCGCGCUGGCGCUCGCCAUGAAGGUCCUCUUCUAUUCGUACUCUGUCGGAGGCAAAAAUGUCGGCGAGGCCCUCCCGGAUCCUAUCGGCGACGGCAAGGCAGGAGCAGGCGACAGGCGCUGGAUGUGA